AUGGCUCCCAUUCCUCUAUCAAACCUCGAGGCAGCCUCGUCCGCCAUAUCCAACAUCGCGAAGCGGCUUCCUAUAGAUCUCACCAACUCGGUCCUCGGACGAGACCCAACUGCACUACCCACGCCGACAACGACGACAAGCACGGCACGUUCAUUGUUCUCACGUAUAUUAUCCUCCAAGCGCUCUACAACCUCCAUAAUCCCUACCGGCUACGGCGCCAUCGAUUCCGGCCCCGCACCAGGUACAAUCGUCGGGAUAGUCCUCGGCAGCGUCGGUGGCUUCCUGUUGAUCUUAUGGUUAAUAUACACAUGUUUGAAUUUCGGGGCCCCGGUGGGCUUCGGCGGCGGCGAGAGUGCGUAUACGGAGAGUGUGGUAAGGGAGAGGAGGAAGAGUCAUCAUAGCGGGAGUAGGAGGAGUAGGAGGCCCAGCGAGACGAUAGAAAUCCGCUCGCACUCGCAAGUCCGCGCCCCCUCGCCCAUACGUAUCGUGCGCGAGCCUUCACCGCCCCGCGCCGAACGUAUUAUUGUAGAGGAACACCGCGAGGAACGUAGGAGAGGGGGGGAUGAUGAGGUGGUGGUUAUCGAGGAGCAUAGUCCGCCGCGUAGGAAGAAGAGUCAUAGGGAUAGAGAGAGGGAGAUUAGUCGGGAGAGAGAUGUUGAUAGUGGGUUCCGGACCGUGGAUCCGUUAGCGUAUGGCGGUGUUGUGGGUGGGAAUCCGAGGCGGGGGAGUAGGAGGGGGAGGGAUUGA